CACCAUUCCUCAGUCAGCUGGUCUGUGGGCUUCGACACUAUUCGAGAUCGAACAGUUCGGAGGACUUGCUGAGACUUUGUGGCACAAUGUGUGUAGACUUAUAUGCUACGUUUAGAACAGCUUGGUUUGAAACAAAAAAGAAUAUGCCUAAAGCUUUAGCCUAAUAGUCUUACAAUAACGAAAACGUUUACGAUCUUUGGAUAAUAUUGUGCGGAUAUCAGUGGUGACCACAUGAGACAGCAGGGAACUGGCCAAUUAAUCCAGUUAAUUUCAGAGAUGGAGGAGUUUGAUCCUUGCCAUUCAAACAUGUACGAGUCUAAUGGCCAUCCGACCUGGGAAAACCACCAGCAUCAUCAGAGCCUGGAGACGGCAGAAGCCCUCAGGAGGAAGAUCAAAUUCUACUUCAUGAACCCCUGUGAGAAGUACAUGGCACGCGGACGGAAACCAUGGAAACUAAUACUUCAGAUCAUCAAAAUCGCCAUCAUUACCAUCCAGUUGGUGUCUUUUGGACUGAGUAACCAGAUGGUGGUCACUUUCAAAGAAGAAAAUCUGAUGGCAUUCAAGCAUCUCUUUCUGAAAGACUACGUUGAUCAAAGAGGAGUUACCUAUGCCCUUUAUCACCAGGCAGAAGUGUACGACCACAUAUACUACGUUGUCAAUCAAUUUGGAAGUCUACUGAACAUCACAGUUGGAAACCAUGCCUACGAGCGCAAUGGGACGGCCUACUCUCCUCUCUAUCUAUGUCAGGAGUUCUAUAGGAACGGCAGCAUAUACCCAGCAAAGGAGACAUUUGAAAUAGAUGCCCAAGUGGAAUCUGAGUGCCUGGAGAUUUUUCCGAUGAGCCCAGUGGAACGAAUUUCAGCAAUCGAGGAGCUUCCUGACUUCAUACUCCAUUUCAAAAGGUUGUUGUCUGUUCGCAUCCAGUUCGUUCUAAAGGCCAUAAAUCUUCAGACAGUCAGACAUCGAGAACUUCCUGAUUGCUAUGACUUCAAAGUCAUGAUUACCUUCGACAACCAGGCCCACAGUGGCAGAAUAAAGGUCAACCUGGACACGGACGUUGAGAUCAAUGAAUGCAGAGACUGGAGUGUGACAGGGGCAUCUCCCAGGAACAUAUAUUACCAACUGCUGUUUGACUGUGUCAUCAUCCUGACCUGCAUCACUUCCCUGAUCCUCUGCACUCGAUCUGUGCUGAAAGGAAUACACCUUCAGUUUGAGUACAUCAACUUCCGCAGAUCCUGCAGUGGUAAAGAGGUGCUGUGGUCCGAUAGGCUGGAGUUUCUGAACGGCUGGUAUAUCCUUAUCAUAUUCAGUGAUGCCCUCACAAUCAUUGGCUCAAUUCUUAAAAUAGAGAUCCAAGCAAAGAAUCUGACGAGCUAUGACGUGUGCAGUAUCUUCCUGGGUACUGGCACCAUGUUUGUCUGGAUUGGAGUCAUCCGCUACAUGGGUUACUUUAAGAAGUACAAUAUUCUUAUCCUGACACUGAGAGCCGCGUUCCCAAACGUCAUCCGGUUCAUCUGCUGUGCUGGAAUCAUCUACCUGAGCUAUUGUUUCUGUGGCUGGAUUGUGCUCGGUCCUUACCAUGAGAAGUUCCGGACCCUGAACACUGUGUCGGAGUGCCUGUUCUCGCUCAUCAACGGGGACGACAUGUUCCCCACCUUCAAAGACAUGCAGCAGAAGAGCAACCUGGUGUGGCUGUUCAGCAGGGUCUACCUCUACACCUUCGUCUCCCUCUUCAUCUACAUGAUCCUCAGCCUCUUCAUCACCCUCAUCACCAACACCUACGACACCAUCAAGCAACAGCAAAAAGAGGGCAAUCUGGUGUCUGAGCUCCAUAAGUUCAUCUCAGAGUGUAAGGACCUACCCGACUCUGGGGUGUACCGCAUGGACGAGAGCUCCCGUCCCUGCUUCACCUGCUGCCUGCCCAGAUGUGUUACUGAUCAAGAAAGGCUGACCAUGGAAUCCUAGAUGGACUUUGAAGAGGAGAAGGAGGAUGUUUAUAUGAUCACUGUAGCACUUUACCACCCCACACUCCUUGGCAUGUUUGCAAUCACGUCUAGGAAAAUGUUCAAAUAUGUAUUAAAUGCAAUCACUUAAGUAUUGAAAUGCACUAAUGUACUGCUAUUUCAAAUGGGAUUAAGAUUUUGUAAAUAUUCUAAUUAAACUCAAUAAAGGAUACAUUUGUUAAUAGG